UUAAUAUUAAAAAAAAAAAAGAACAUAAAAUAAAUAAAAAGUGUGGAGAAAAGAAAUACAAGAAAACAGCGAACACCCCGCUGUCAUAACUUAUAUGCCCAUUUGCACAACGAACAUUCACACCACACAAUAAUCAAAUCUUUUUCAACCUAAAUUCUCAAUUUUGCCUUCCCAACAAACAUCCCCCAAACCUUCUCCGAUCAUCUUCAACAAUCUUCCCGUACACAAAAGAAACACCACCAAUUCCGAUCAACCCGAUCUCUGGACUCGUUUAUUCGAUGCCAGAGGUCGCCAACAUCAUGUCGUCAACAACAAACACAUUAUUCGGUAAAUACGAGAUCGGAAGACUUCUCGGCUGCGGUGCAUUCGCCAAAGUCUAUUACGCCAGAGACAUCAACACCGGCCACAGCGUCGCCAUUAAAGUCAUCAACAAGCUUAAAAUCGCUCACAACAAUCAUUUAAUUAACAACGUCAAACGCGAGAUCGAUAUCAUGAGGCGGUUACGGCAUCCGAAUAUUGUGAAAUUGUUUGAAGUUAUGGCGACGAAAACGAAGAUCUAUGUCGUUAUGGAGUUUGUGAAAGGAGGUGAGUUGUUCGCGAAGGUAGCGAAAGGACGGUUAUCGGAAUCGAAUAGUCGGAAGUAUUUUCAACAGUUGAUUUCCGCAAUCGGAUAUUGUCAUUCGAAAGGUGUGUUUCAUCGAGAUCUGAAGCCGGAGAAUCUGUUAAUCGACGAGAACGGAGAUCUGAAGGUUUCCGAUUUCGGUUUGAGUGCGUUGACGGAUCAGAUCCGAGUUGACGGAUUGUUGCACACGUUAUGCGGUACGCCGUCGUAUGUCUCGCCGGAGAUUUUAACGAAGAGAGGCUACGACGGAGCGAAGGCGGACAUCUGGUCAUGCGGUAUCAUUUUGUUCGUGAUGAAUGCAGGUUUUCUACCGUUUAACGAUUCGAAUCUCAUGAUGAUGUAUAAGAAGAUCUACAAAGGUGAGUACCGGUGCCCUAAGUGGAUGUCGCCGGAGCUCCGCCGGUUGUUAUCGCGGUUACUUGACACAAAACCUGACACUCGGAUCACCGUCGACGAGAUCAAGUCCGAUCCGUGGUUUAAAAAAGGAUACAAAGAGUCAUCAAAUCCAGAUCUAGAUCUAGAAACCGUUAUGAAACGUGAAGUUAACAAUAACAAAUCAACGGCGUUAAACGCGUUUGAUAUAAUCUCGUUUUCCUCCGGUUUAAACCUAACGCCGUUGUUUGACGGUGCAAGUAGCUCAACUUCGCCGGUGAAAAACGAGCGGCUGGUGGUGGAGGAGUCGCCGGAGAAUGUGAUUUCGAAAGUUGAGGAGAUUGUGAAGGAUGCAAACGCUAGAAUGCACAAACGGAAGGAUUACGGUGUGGAUUUGGUAGCGAAAAACGGUAAAGAUGUGAUUGAAAUAGAGGUUUUCCGGUUGACGGAAAAGUUAGUUGUGGUGGAGGUUCAGUGUUACGGUGGAGGUACAGAGUUCUACGAUGAGUUGUGGAAUGAUAAAAUUAAAUCGGAGUUGGUUGAACAACGACGGGAUGUACCGGAAACGGAGAGUUAGUGAAUAGUGACUCGCCGGCGGGGCACGUGUCGGGUGUAUGUACGUAAUUAUUCAGAUACAUAUUUUUUUGACAUGUUUGUUUUAUUUUUUUACACGAUUUUUUUGUUGAUAGAGAAAAAUGAGUGAGGGAAAAAUGAACCAAGGGUGGUCAAAAUACGAGUGUGUGAAUUUGUUGUACAUAACAUGUAACUUGCCUUGUAAAUCAUUGGGGCAAUUGUUUGUUUGGUUUUGUUGUAAAAUAAUACAAGUUUUAUUUA